CAGUGGUUCUGUACUGAGGCAGAGACGGACGCAAAAAAUGAAGGUCUUCAUUCUUCUUGCUCUCUUUACAGUGGCAUUUGCCGCCCCUUUUCUUGAUGAGGACGACAAGAUUGUCGGAGGGUAUGUGUGCCAAAAGAAUUCCGUGGCCUACCAGGCAUCUCUGCAGUCUGGGUAUCACUUUUGUGGUGGUUCCCUGAUCUCCAGCCUGUGGGUGGUGUCUGCUGCUCACUGCUACAAGUCCCGCAUUCAGGUGCGUUUGGGUGAGCACAACAUUGCCACCAACGAGGGCACGGAACAGUUCAUUAACUCCGAGAAGGUCAUCCCACACCCCAAGUACAACAGCCGCAACCUGGAUAACGACAUCAUGCUGAUCAAGCUGAGCACGCCUGCAAAACUGAACAGUUACGUGCGCACCGUGGCUCUCCCCUCCAGCUGUGCCAGCUCUGGAACUCGCUGUAUGGUCUCUGGCUGGGGCAACCUUUCUGGCAGUAGCACCAACAUGCCCGACACCCUGAGGUGCUUGGAUCUCCCCAUCCUGAGCGCCAGCAGCUGCAACAGCGCCUACCCUGGACAGAUCACUUCCAACAUGUUCUGCGCUGGCUUCAUGGAGGGAGGCAAGGACUCUUGCCAGGGAGACUCCGGUGGCCCUGUGGUGUGCAACGGUCAGCUCCAGGGUGUUGUGUCCUGGGGUUACGGGUGUGCCCAGAGGAACAAGCCUGGUGUCUAUGCCAAGGUCUGCAACUACAAUUCCUGGAUCAGCAGCACCAUGUCCUCCAACUAAGUGUAGUAAUGCUCUAAAACAGAAAACGUAUUUUGUUGUGUCACCGUUUUCAGUAAUUCCUUUCACAAACUAAUACAAUUCUACCUACUGUACUACUGUGAUGAUGUAAAAUGUGUCAAAAAUUGAUUAUUCAGUUUACAUUUUUAAUCAUGAUACAGGUGAAUUUAAUAAAACAAGUUUAAUCUAAUGAA